AUGGUUUAGUUUAGUAAGAAGAGUCCUCGUCAGCAAGCUUUACUAUGGCUGCCAGCCAAAGCUAGGAGGUUACCAACCAAAUAUUGCAAGGAAAGAAGACAUCGUUAUGAACCUACACAAAUCGUGGAGCGAACUGGUCAACAAGUCUAACAAACUUCAGGAUCACGCGAAUAGAAGAAAUGCAGGGGAGGAGAUAUCGUUAGAAAACAAACUGAAACAGUUUGAAGCACAGAAGAAAGUUAGCGAGAGGAACUUGGAUAUGGAGAUCAAAUAUGUAAUAGACAAGCAGCGGAGGUUGGGACACAGGACCUUCUGUCUUCCUCAAGAACUAGACUUGGUUCCAGCUCCGGGCACCCCUCUCAAGAAACGUAUACUCAGGGCGGGGAAAAUAGACAGAGUAGACUUGGAGGUGGACACUAAAAGUGUCAUGAGCGACCAGCCCCGGGCUAAACGAGCUAGGAUCAACUCCGCUGCAUCUACAGACUAUGAUUUAGCGCGAUACAACACGAUGGAGGUACUUGCACCUGAAACCACAGUAAUGAACGUUAUUUCGAGUGAAAUGACGAGACCAAGAGGAGUCAUUACCAAACCAAGAAAUGGCGUCAUAUCAGAAUUUGUGGAAAAUCAGGAAACGUAUAAACAGGAGAUAAACAUCCAGAGAUGAACAUGAGGAAAACACUGCCGACAGAUUAUAUGCAAUCAAAAUCAAAAUGAACAUUGUAAUGUCUGGUUUUGGCUAAAACUGAAAGU